AACUCCAUUAUCAACGGUCUUCUCACUUGGAAAGAGUCUAAAACCCUAGGACUUCCAUCUCUUUCCCUCCCCUCGCCUCCUUCUCAAGCUCAGAAACUACCAUGGAGUCGGGCGAAGCAAACAACUCUAUCUCAUUGGAGAUCGAGAAGGUUUCGUCCGAGCUGAAACCAGCAUCUGAUAGCCUUCCAUCGAAGCCAAAAUUCGAGCCUUUGAAGGCUCACGAGAUAUCUGAUGGUCGAGUUCAAUUUCGGAAGGUCCCCGUCCCAGCGCAUCGGUACGCGCCUCUCAAGAAAGCUUGGCAGGACAUCUACAACCCCAUAUACGAGCAGAUGAAGAUUGAUAUCCGUAUGAAUCUCAAGGCUCGGAGGGUUGAGUUGAAGACCAAACCAGACACUCCCGACAUCAGUAAUCUGCAGAAGUGCGCCGAUUUCGUUCACGCUUUCAUGUUGGGAUUUGAUGUCAUAGAUGCAAUUGCCCUUCUGCGUAUGGAUGAGCUCUAUGUGGAUUCGUUUGAGAUCAAGGAUGUGAAGACCCUCAGAAACGAGCACCUUUCUCGUGCUAUAGGAAGAUUGUCUGGCAAAGGAGGUAAAACGAAGUUCGCCAUUGAGAAUGCCACAAGGACGCGGAUCGUGAUUGCGGACACGAGGAUUCACAUAUUGGGAUCUUUUGCCAAUAUUAAAAUUGCAAGGGAUUCUCUUUGCAGCCUCAUUUUGGGUUCCCCCGCUGGCAAGGUUUACUCAAAACUUAGGGCAGUCAGCGCUAGGUUGGCAGAAAGGUUUUGAUCUUUCUUAAUUUAUUUUAUUUAGUUAUAUUUUUUUUCCGUGUAAUGAGAUUUGGGUUUUUAAUUGGAGACUACAUUAUUUAAUGUUGCUGAAAAUGAGUAUUAAUGCUAUUCGAAGUGAAAGUUUUGUCAGCUGUUAUGAUGUGAUUGUACCAUUGUAAGGAUCUGAUUGAUUCUUAUAUAGCUUUUUUCUGGGGUCA